GUGACGUUUUAUAGUAGAUUUUUAGCUUCAUUGGAGAGAGAGAGAGAGAGAGAGAGAUUGCAAAGACAUCAGUUGGAGACCGUGGAAAGAAUGGGAUUGAAAGAGAGAGGAGUAAACUAAAGAACGCACAGUUCACCGACUGAGCCCAAGUGCCGAAGAAGUCGACGAUCGACGAGAAAGUCAUGACGUCCAGCGGAAAAGCAAGACGACGUGAGGUCGAGCCACACUCAGCGCGGCAACAAACAUGAGGAGUCGCUGCAGAAACCUUUGGGGCAAUAGGAAGGGAGAGGAUCGUCAGCAAAGACACAGACGUCCUGCUGGCGGUUAGAAAAAGAGCCAAAUCGUGGACGACUGCGGACGAGUGAAAGCCUGGCGUGGGGGAAUGGGGCCAAGCUGGCGUCGAGCGAGCUAGCCACAGCAGUCUCAGCAGCCGCGUCCGAGCGGAAGGCGGAAAGGUCUUCCAGUAGAGGCGUCAACAGUUUCGGUAGGGCGAGAAAAACUCCGGCAGGAAGCCAUCAAGAGGAAUCUGCCAAAAUCUGGGAAGUGUCAAGCUCCAGGAGUUAACACAAGGCGCAAUACCAGUAUGUAUUGUCUGUCACCGAAGUCUCAGAACAUAUACACACAUAGGGUAACUUUCAAUGGCAUAUGGAACUUAUACUGUUUUGUUUAUGCUGUUUACCGGGAUUUCUGAAUGAACCAAGCAGUGGGAGGCGACAAGUUUAAGGAAUCGAAUCCUGAUGAAUACUUUUAUUCCUUUUAUGAAGGUUUAACCCAGAAGAAAAUGGGAUGAUAUCCAGUUCUGAGAUGUAGGUUCCUUCUCUGUGUUCUUUCCUCAAGCUGUUCACUUCCAUGUCCUGCCCUUGGAUUACCCAUCAAAAUAACCCACGAGGAAUGUAGCCUGUAUUACACCGUGGGUAUAACUGUAACAACAGAAUACAUUCUCAUCUUUUUUUAUACACAUUUACCUCUUUGAAUUCCAGUAUUGCUAAAUUCGUCUGUCCAGUUUGUUCCUUUUAAAAAUGUUUAAUGGAUGAGCUCCACGUUUAGUGCUCUGAAAUUUAAAACUAAAGGCACCUGAUGUUCUUUGGGAGUUCAAUGAGAACAUAUUAUUGCAGAUAUGGCAGCGAGUGCUGUGAAGUCUCUGUACUGGGAAUUGUUUCCACCAAUGCCUACUAAGCGUGUGUACUGCACUCCAGUUUAUCAGGACAGGCAAUUGUUUGUCCUCGGAGGCUGCAGCGAGACAGGAUUGCCUCUGGACAAAGUGGAAAUGCUGGAUGUUGUGAGUCAGAAGUGGACAGGGCUGCCUUCAAUGCCAACACCGCGAGCGGGGGCAGCAGCAGUUAUUUUGAACAAGCAAGUCCUCAUCAUUGGAGGCAUGAAUGAAGACCAGUGCCCUUUAGGAUCAGUAGAUAUCUUUAACAUCGACGAAGGCAAAUGGGAGAAAAGGACACCACUGGGACAACCUUCAAUGGGAAUAACAGCUGUCAAGAAAGAUGGCAGGGUAUACGCUCUGGGAGGGAUGGGUCCUGACGCAGCUCCGCAAGCACUGGUAUGUGUAUACGACCCAGCCAGUGAUCACUGGCAACCCUUGCCACCAAUGCUGACACCCCAGUACGCGGCCUCGGCCUACCUCAAGGGCAACAAGAUUUUUGUCCUAGGAGGAAGACAGGGUAAGCUACCAGUGACUGCCUUUGAGGCUUUUGACCUGGAAACGAAGAGCUGGACCAAGUACCCCAGUAUUCCCAGCCGCCGUGCAUUCGCUAACUGUGCCAUGACUGAGAAAUGCUUCUAUAGCAUGGGUGGUCUACAGCAACCAGGCCCUCACAACUUCUACUCCAGGCCACACUUUGUCAACACGGUGGAAGAAUUUGACAUGGAACAAGGAAACUGGUUGAAACCGUCCCGUUCCACAAGAAUGAGAGAGAAACGUGCAGAUUUUUCUGUGGGCCAUGUUGGAGGAAGAAUGGUUGCAGCUGGAGGUCUAGGAAACCAGCCAGUACCACUUGGAUCAGUGGAAGGAUUCAAUCCAAUCAAGAGGAAAUGGGAAAGUCUCCCUGCAAUGAAUGUCCCACGUUGCUCAUGUGCCAGCCUCCAAACUGAUAACAUGCUCUUUGUGAUUGGUGGUGUUGCACAGGGACCCAGUAAUGCUGUGGAAGCCUUGUGUGACCGAGAGAGUAUCUGAGCACAGUGAAACUGAAAUAGUAAUGGCGUGGGUCAGCAGUUAAUUAACUUCUUGGUUCGUGUCUCUGUCAGCAUUGUUUGAAGAUUCUGAUAUAGGAUGUCAAUGCUAUCAGUGAAAGCUUUGAAAAUAACUUGUUUUACAAAGGUGCAGAAGAAACUUUUAAACACAAGGAUGACGUUUUCUUGUAGAAUUAACUGAGUACUAACAUUGUAUUCUCUCAAAUAAAAUGUGUUAACUAUGGAGUUUUGAGAUACUGAUACAACCUUUAGACAGAAGCGUCAGUGAAUAUACAAGUCUCACAGUUGUGAACUUAGUAUUAAGUGAAGAAACAAAGCUGUCUCAACAGAUUGUAAGCUAUCACUUAUUCUGUUGAAUUCCCUGUUUUAUUCAAGAGGACAAUUCAUUGGUAGAAAAUUUAAGAAAGAAUUCCACAAAAUUGGUGUUGUUUCCUAUAUCCAGCAAAAGGCCCGGCCUUUCUAUGAAAGGACGAGCUUCAGAAUUGGGAGCCAAAACUGUCAAAGCCUAGAUAAAUGAAAGUGAGGGACAUAUAACAGACUUUUGGCUAUUAGGAUAAAAAAAGAGAUUGUGUAAGUGCAGUUGAGAAAUGCUGUAGAAGGAGUCUAGAUAAUAAUAAGGUAAUUAUAGAACUCUUAUCUGUUUUAACAAUUCAAUCCCUGGUAGAAUAUUGCAAUUUAACUAAUUAUGUGGCUAGGAAUUAGUACAAUUCCUGUGAGGUUCCUGUAUUAUCGUUACUACUUGUCUUAUUUCACUGGUUUGAGUGCUGCAAAAUUCCUGUAGUAGGAUUCCAAUCGAUGUUUCUUUAAUAAUGUCACAUAAAUGGUAGACUUCCAAAGUAAUAUUGCAUUGGUUCAAGUGAAGUCAUAUAUAGAAAAUGGCAGGUCAGAGAGGUUGUGUGGAAGGGACCAGAGUUAAUGUUUAAAAUUAAUGAUAAUUGGUCUGAAAUAUUAAUGCUAGUGCUUUCUUCACAAAUAUUUAGUACUUCCAGUAUUUUCAGUUUUAUUUAGUUUCCAGUAUCUCCACUCAUAUAUGCAUCAUAUAUUCUGUAGUUGUGCCACUGAAGUGUAAGCAGGAUGCUCUCCACUCUGCAGGUCCAUCCAAAUGCAAGUACUGUAGAACACCGAUUCCUCAUUAUCUAGUGUUAUACUCUAGCAGUAGUCAUACAACAGAUUAGUUUCAGUAAGGCCACCUUGCACCAGAGUGAUCCAAUGUUCUAAAGACCCCGUGGCUCUGCAACACCAAUACGCAAUUCUUACAUAGGGAAGGUGUUGUAAUUUUCCUGGAGACAUUUUCUAGAAUAGAAUUAAUUUUCUAUUGUGUGCAUUUGUAAAUUUAUACAAUUCUGUUGCAUUCUAUUUCAUUCACUGAUACCUAAAUAAUGUGGUGACGGUGGCAUUCUCAGUGUUGAUACUAGUGUAACAUCCCAUGGUACUCAGAGACCAUAAAAUGAAAGGUUUUUGUGCUAUUGGAAGUAAAGGUUCCAUUAUAUUGUUUCACCAAUUUGCUUCAUAAUAUGUCUGCCAACUUUCAGCUUGAAGGGCCAAAUGGCCUACUCCUGCACCUAUUUUCUAUGUUUCUAUGUUUUAUAUCAUAAGACCAUAAAACAUAAGGGCAGAAUUAGGCUACUUGGCCCAUUGAGUCUGCUCUGUCAUUUAAUCAUGUCUGACUUAUCAUCCAUCUCAUACCCAUUCUCCUGUCUUCUAUCCAUAUCCCUUUGAAGUCCUCAGUCAUCAAGGACCUAUCAACCUCUACUUUAAAUUUACCCAAUGACGUGGCCUCCACAGCCGUCUGUGGCAAUGAAUUCUACAGAGUCACCACCAUCUGGCUAAAGAAAUUCCUUCUCAUCUCUGUUCUAAAGGGACAACCUUCUAUCCUGCAGCUGUGCCCACCGGUGUAGACUCCCCUACCACAGGAAACACCCUCUUCACAUCCACUCUAUCUAGGCCUUUCAAUAUUCAACAAGUUUCAAUGAGAUCCCCUCUUAAUCUUCUAAACUAACGUGAGUAGAGGCCAAGAGCCAUCUAACACUCCUCAUAUGGUAACCUUUUCAAUCCCAGAAUCAUUUUCUUAUGAACCUCCUCUGCACCCUCUCCAAUGCCCGCACAUCUCUUCUUAGAUAAAGGACCCGAAACUGCUAACAGUACUUCAAGUGCAGUCUGACCAGUGCCUUACAAAGCCUCAACAUUACAUUCUUGCUUUUAUAUUCUAGUCUUCUCGAACUGAAUGCUAACAUUGCAUUUGCCUUCCUCAAUACAACUCAACCUGCAAGUUAACCUUUAGGGAAUCCUGCACGAGAAAUCACAAGUCCCUCUGCACCUCUGUUUUCUGAAUUUUCUCCCUGUUCAGGAAAUAGUUUAUACCUUUAAUCCUUCUACACUUCCUUACACUAUAUUCUAUCUGCCACUUCUUUGCCUAUUCUCCUGAUUUGUCCGUCCAUCUUAGACUCCCUGCUUCUUCAACACUACCUGCCCCUCCACCAAUCUUCAUAUUGUCCGCAGACUUAGCCACAAACCUGACAAUUCCAUCAUCCAAAUCACUAACAUAUAAUGUGAAAAGAAGCAAUCCUAACACCGACUGCUGUGAAGCACCGCUAAUCUCAGGCAGCCAACCUGAAAAUGCCCCCUUUAUUCCCUCUCUUUGCCACCUUGCCAGUGAGCCAAUCUUCUAUCCAUGCUAGCAUCUUUCCUGCAACACCUUGUCAAAGGCCUUCUGAAAAUCCAAGUACACAAUAUCCACUGAACAUGCACAAAAUGCUGGAGGAACUCAGCAGUUCCUGCCAAAGGGUUUUGGUCUGAAACAUCAACUGUACUUUUUUCCAUAGAUACUGCCCAGCUUGCGGAGUUCCUCCAGCAUUUUGUGUGUGUGUUUUGUUUGGAUUUCCAGCACCUGCAGAUUUUCUCUUGUUUGCAAACACCUAGUGAAUUUCCUUUGUCUAACCCACCUGUUAUUUCCUCAAAAAAUCCCAACAGAUUUGUCAGGCAAGAGUUCCCCUUAAGGAAACAUGCUUACCUUGGCCUUUUUUAUCAUGUGUCUCCAAAUACCCUGAAACUUCAUCCUUAAUAAUGGACUCCAACAUCUUCCCAACCACUGAGGUCGGGCUAACUGGCCUAUAAUUUCUUUUCAUUUACCUCCCUCCCUUCUUAAAUAACAUCAUAUAUUGGUGUAUAUGAGGAACAGCACAAGCAGAGUCAAACGUGGAGCCCAAAGGUAUUUUUUUCAUUCCCUGUCUAUUGCAUCGCUGUUGUUGACCAGAGUUCCAAUAUUUGUUCCAGUAUAACAUACCAUAGUCAGGUGAUCUAUAGAAUCCAAUCCGAGGUUGUUCCCCAUUCGGAAAAGUACCUGAAGUAUCAAAAAUCAUUUUCUACGCUCUCCAUUUUGAAAUGUUUAUUAUCAAUUUGUAUCCUGAUGUAACUGCAGUGAGCUUCCAGACAUAAAUUUACAUCAAUAUGGGCCGUUUUAACAGUGUCACAACAGUCCCAUAUUGUUAAUUACACUAGCUGGUGUAACAAAUUUGAGUCAUGUUCCUCCAAUAUGAUUAUAAUAAUAUACUAUCAGUAGCAAGGCACAUAAUGCAAAAAUUAAGAUUGAAGUUAGCUUUAUUUGUCACAUGUACACCAAAACAUCAAAACUUAGAGUGGAAAUGCAUUGUUUGUAUCAAAUCAGAUCAGUGAGGAUUGUACUAGGGCAGCCCACAAGUGACACCAGGCUUCUGGCUCCAAUAUAGCAUGCCCACAACUUACUCACCGUAACCCUACAUUUUUGGAACGUCAGAGGAAACCCAUAUGGUCACAGAGAGAAUAUACAAACUCAUAUGAAGAAAGACUGGAUGAACUGGGCUUGUACUCGUUGGAAUUUAGAAGAUUGAGGGGGGAUCUGAUUGAAACGUAUAAGAUCCUAAAGGGAUUGGACAGGCUAGAUGCAGGAAGAUUGUUCCCGAUGUUGGGGAGGUCUAGAACGAGGGGUCACAGUUUGAGGAUAGAGGGGAAGCCUUUUAGGACCGAGGUUAGGAAAAACUUCUUCACACAGAGAGUGGUGAAUCUGUGGAAUUCUCUGCCACAGCAAACUGUUGAGGCCAGUUCAUUAGCUAUGUUUAAAAGGAAGUUAGAUAUGGCCCUUGUGGCUACAGGGGUCAGGGGGUAUGGAGGGAAGGCUGGGUUCUGAGUUGGAUGAUCAGCCAUGAUCAUAAUAAAUGGCGGUGCAGGCUCGAAGGGCCGAAUGGCCUACUCCUGCGCCUAUUUUCUAUGUUUCUAUGUUUCUAUGUUUCAAGAAGAUCUGACGAUGCUGGAAAUCCGAGCAACACACACAAAAUGCUGGAGGAACUCAGCAGGCCAGGCAGAAUCUACGAAAAAAGUACAGUUGAUGUUUCGGGCCAAAACCCUUCAGCAAAAAGGGUUUUGAGAAAUCAGUGUAAGAAGGAGGGGGAGGGGAGGUAGAGGUACAAGCUGGUAGAUGAAACUGAAAUGGGGAGGCAUGGGUGAAGGAAAGGGCUGGGAAGUAGAUUGGUGAACGAGAUAAAGGUCUGGAGAAGGAGGAAUAGAAACAUAGAAAACCUACAGCACAAUACAGGCCCUUUGGCCCACAAAGCUGUGCUGAACAUGUCCUUACCUUAGAAACUACCUAGGGUUACCCAUAGCCCUCUAUUUUCCUAAGCUCCAUGUACCUGUCCAGGAGUCUCUUAAAAGACCCUAUCAUAUCCACCUCCACCACCGUCGCCGGCAGUCCAUUCCACACACUCACCACUCUCUGCAUAAAAAACUUAGCCCUGACAUCUCCUCUGUACCAACUUCCAACUACCUUAAAACUGUGCCCCCUUGUGCUAGCCAUUUCAGCCCUGGGAGAAAACCUCUGAUUAUCCACAUGAUCAAUACCUCUCAUUAUCUUAUUGUUUGUUGUUGUUCGUCCAUCGUUGACGUCGAUGAGGACCUUGACACCAUUAUGAUGGUGUCAAGACUAGCGCGUGAUUUGGAUUUAAGUGAGGGAGAGUUGCGCAGUGUCAGGCUCACUCUCUCUUCCCAAUUUCCAUUUAGAUCCAGUGGCAAGACAGAGUCUAGACCUUAUACACCUCUAUCAGUCACCUCUCAUCCUCCGUCACUCCAAGGAGAAAAGGCCAAGUUCACUCAACCUGUUUUCAUAAGGCAUGCUCCCCAAUCCGGGCAAAAUCCUUGUAAAUCUCCUCUGCACCCUUUCAAUGGUUUCCACAUCAUUUCUGUAGUGAGGUGACCAGAAUUGAGCACAGUACUCCAAGUGGAGUCUGACCAGGUUCCUACAUAGCUGCAACAUUACCUCUCGGCUUCUAAACUCAGUCCCACGAUUGAUGAAGGGCAAUGCACCAUAUGCCUUCUUAACCACAGAGUCAACCUGCGCAGCAGCUUUGCGUGUCCUAUGGAUUUGGAUCCCAAGAUCCCUCUGAUCCUCCUCACUGCCAAGAGUCUUACCAUUAAUACUAUAUUCUGCCAUCAUAUUUGACCUACCAAAAUGAACCACUACACACUUAUCUGGGUUGAACUCCAUCCGUCACUUCCCAGCCCAGUUUUGCAUCCUAUCACUGUCCCUCUGUAACCUCUGACAGCCCUCCACACUAUCCACAACACCCCCAACCUUUGUGUCAUCAGCAAAUUUACUAACCCAUCCCUCCACCUCCUCAUCCAGGUCAUUUAUAAAAAUCACAAAGAGAAGGGGUCCCAGAACAGAUCCCUGAGGCACACCACUGGUCACCGACCUCCAUGCAGAAUAUGACCCACCUACAACCACUCUUUGCCUUCUGUGGGCAAGUCAGUCCUGGAUCCAGAAAACAAGGUCCCCUUGGAUCCUAUGCCUCCUUACUUUCUCAAUAAGCCUUCCAUAGGGUACCUUGUCAAAUGCCUUGCUGAAAUCCAUACACACUACAUCUACUGUUCUACCUGUAUCAAUGUGUUUAGUCACAUCCUCAAAAAUCUGAUAGGAGAGGGUAGAAGACCGUGGAAGAAAGGGAAGGGGGAGAAGCACCAGGAGGAGGUGAUGGGUAGGUAAGGAGAAGAGGUGAGAGAGAUAAACAGAAAUGGGGAAUGGUGAAGGAGAGGGGUGGCAAUUAGCAAAAAUUUGAGAAAUCUAUGUUCAUGCCAUUAGGUUGGAGGCUACCCAGAUGGAAUAUAAAGUAUUGCCCUUCCAGCCUGAGUGUGGCCUCAUCGCGGCAGUAGAGGAGGCCAUGGGCUGAGAUGCCAGAAUGGGAAUGGAAAGUAGGAUAGAAAUUGGUGGCAACCAAGAGAUCCCACUUUUUCUGGUGUAGGUGCUUGGCGAAGCUGUGUCCCAAUCUACGUCCUUUGUCACCAAUACACAGUAAGCCACACCGGGAGCACCGGGCACAGUAUACGACCCCAACAGACUCACAGGUGAAGUGUCGCCUCACCUGGAAGGACUGCUCAGGGCUCUGAAUGGUAGUGAGGGAGGAGGUGUAGGGGUCAGUGUGGCACUUGUUCCGUUUGCAAGAAUAAGUUCCAGGA